GUGAUUGGCAUCCGCCUUCAGAGAUCCAACAAAUCCGGUUCGAUUGCUAAUCAGCUGUUGUCUCCGCCGAACGCAUAGGGCAACGAAGGUAAACCGCGCGCACGAUUUGCCGUGUAAUCUUGGUCGAUCGUUCCCCGCAUUCGUUAUCAUGGGCAACGAGGAGGUAGAUGUAAUUAACGUGGCGCAAAAAUCCGACAAGAAGACUCUGUUGGAGAGGUACAACAUACCGAUCGAGCAUCUCUCGUACGAAUUCAUAUCCAGGUGCACCGAUGGAAAAACACUGGAACGAAUUGUUCUCGUAUUACGUUCUGGCGAAGAAGGUGUGUAUCCAGAUUUGACAAAGCACGCGGAGAAACGUCUCAUUAGCAUUAAUCCGACAAGCGCUAUUUUGAGGAAAGCGGAGCCAGUUUUGAGGCGAAAUAUGUUGAAUUCGGACGAACGGCAGGAAAUCGACGACGACAUGAGCAAUUGGACGUGUGAGAUGCAAUCUCGCGAGAAGGACUUGGACAAAGGAAGAGCUGUCCUUGCCAAUGAUUUCUGCGCUAUACAACCGGCUAUUCGAGAGAUUAAAUUGGAUACUGCCGCAAAUAAAAAAACGAAAAGCAACGAGAAAAAGCGCGAUAAGCCCAAACGAAUAUCUUCGUGCGAUUAUGCGGCUUGGGAUAAAUACGAUGUCGACACGGAAAUAAACAGAAUAGACCUGCAGGACGAGCAGCGACAGACCGAAAUGAAGAGAAUACAAGAACGGCAAAAGGAGCGGAAUAAAAUAAAUAAGAUGGCACAUAAAGCGACCGUCAAUAAACUUUCUUUGACUGGCACGGAAAUAAAUAUAAUGGCGGAACAAGAGAGAGAAAAGGGAAACGAAGCCUUCAGAGCAGCUGAUUACGAGGAAGCCCUUCGGCAUUAUAACGCUAGCAUCGAGAUAGAAUCGAAUCUAAAUGCGUACAACAAUCGUGCUAUGACAUUUAUAAAGUUGCAACGUUACGAGGAGGCGCUUAACGACUGCAACACGGUGCUUACCAUGGAUUACAAAAAUGUUAAAGCGCUACUUCGUCGAGCAUUAUCCUUGGAGCAUCUCGAGAAGGCGUACGAGGCUUUGCCGGAUUAUGAAGCCGUUUUAAAAUUGGAGCCGACCAACAAAACGGCGAUAUCCGGCGUAAACAAGCUGAGAAAACCGUGCGAGUCGAGAAAAAUAAGGAUGAGCAUCGAAGAGGAGAAUAUCAGCGGCGACGAAGACAAGGUCGUGCGAGGAGUAAAGUCGGAGAGAACCGUGGAAACGAACGGCAUCAAGUGUCCGAAACAGCGUGUUAACAACGAUAUAUGUUAUUGCGACCGAGCGCCAGGCUCGUCGCAAAGUGUUGCGACGAAGCCGCACUUAAAGGCGAGUUAUUGCGUGGAAACCGGGAGUAACAAAGCUGCAGCGGCGGAUGUCGCGGCAAAUAAAAGCAACGGGAAAACAACGCGCGGCUCUUCGCGCGGCAAUAAAUUAUCACCUGUUGCAAAGGAUUUCGGCGGCAGAAAUAAAACGCCGAAAUCGCAUCUGGACGCUAUCAACAGCGACGAUAUUUUUGCGAUUUCACGCGAGUUAUUUCCCGGACAACGUGGCGCAGAAGGUAGGCCGGAGAAGUCCAUUUUUUCGUGCGUGUCACGUCAAACGAAACCCUCCACUGUCAUAAUCGAGGAACUUUCGAGCGACGAAGUAAGCGAGAUACCGAGGAAAAUUGUCGAUCCUGACGAGACGAGGAUGAAACCGAAGAAGAAAACAAGCUCGGUUGAAGAGAAAAGUAUAUCGACAAAGAAAUCGUGUCUAAAUAAAAACAAGGAAUUAAUCUCUCUUGGAAAGGAGAGUAGAACUCAAUCGAGUUUAACGUCGAAUAAAAUUCAGAUACUUAACGAAUGUGAGAAACCGAGAAAAAGUAUCGAUUCUAAUGAAACCAAAAUGGAAAUGAAGAGGAAAACGAAAUCAAAAGAAGAGAAAGAUGCGCCAAUAACAAGAUCAGAUUUAAAUAAAAGUAAAAAAAUAAUUUCUCCUGAAAAUGAAAGCAAGAUUAAAACGAGUGUAACGAAUAAAAUUACAUCUAAUAAAUAUCAAAAAGAUAGCGAAAAAUUGGAAAUGGAACUUGAGAAAUUGGAAAAUAUCGAAUCACCUUACGAAUUUUUACGUCUAUGGCAAUCUCUAAAGGACGAUACUAAUUUGAAAUUACACGCGAAACUUUUAAGAUGUGUAGCACACGAAGACAUGAGUAAAAUGAUAGGCAAUAAAUUGGAUGCCACAAUGUUCAGUCUCAUUAUACGUUGCUGUGAACAAGAAUUUUGCACUUCUAAAGACAGAGAAUUACUCACACAUCUACUGUACUCUUUAAGUCGAUUAAAUCGAUUUUCUAUCAUUAGUAUGUUUAUGGAUUCUACAGAUAAAAAAGCUCUGGAAAAUAUACUACGUUUUCUAGAAAAGGAGAACUCGCCCAAAGUCUCGCAAUUACGUCAGAUUUAUGUUACUUGA